UCAUUUGCAACAUAACAAAUUCUCUUCAAACCGAAUUUGUCUCUACGACUGGUGGAGUUGUUAAACACACCAUACAUUUUGGUGUCUGUAUUGCUGAACAAAAGGUCAAUUGUGCUCGUCCUACUCAAAACAAAUGAUGUUUUAUACUGGCUGAGCAUAACUAAAGCUGAAAUUUUAGUUGGCCUUAAGCAAGCUUCAGUUUGCAGCCUUCUUCGCGAGUGAAUGAAAGGACGUCUUUGUUCCAUGAAAAUGGUGACGUCAAAACGGCUCUAUAAAGAAAUAAAUUCAUACAGGACAAACACCAAAGUGGGUGGAUGAGUUGAGUGUCAUCCCCGGUCCUCCUUCCGCUUCAUAAUUUGCAUAACUAAUGAGCUAAAAGCCUUGAUAAACGGCGAUGGGCUAGCCCCUCUCUUCACAUUUACACAUGCUAACUUGCUGACUGGAAGGCAAAAGGGAUUACACAGCGCUUGUAGGUACAGUGGCUACAAAAGCAGAACAUGCUGGAGAUGCUUGAAUACAGCCACUAUCAGGUGCAGUCCCACAUUGAGAGUCCGUCCAAGUACCACGUCCAGCAGGCUCAGAGGCAACAGGUUAGGCAAUAUCUGUCCACCACACUGGGUGGCAAAGCCGGCAACCAGUGUCCAAGCCAGCCACCUGAUCACGGCAUGCCACCCGGUCCUGGCAGCAGCGCUCCCAAUAGUCCCAUGGCCCUCUUAACACUCACCUCCAACUGUGAAAAAGAAAUGGACGAUGUCAUUGAUGACAUCAUUAGUUUGGAGUCCAGCUACAAUGAAGAUGUGCUUGGGAUUAUGGAUACAGGACUCCAAAUAAACAACCCGAUUUCAGGGAACCUUCUCGAAGUGUACGGAAAUCAAGGACUUCCACUCCCAGGCCUCACCAUGAACAACUCCUGUCCCCCAAACAUAAAAAGGGAAUACACAGGCAUGAAGAAAGUACUGGACAAGCCUGGAUCCUGUGGCCAGUAUGAAAACUAUCAAAGGCCAGAUGGCUUUCCAGUAGAAGCAGAAGUCCGUGCUCUUGCGAAGGAGCGCCAGAAAAAGGACAACCACAAUCUGAUUGAGCGACGGCGAAGAUUCAACAUCAAUGACCGCAUUAAAGAGUUGGGCACCUUAAUUCCCAAGUCGAAUGAUCCAGACAUGCGCUGGAAUAAGGGCACUAUUCUGAAAGCCUCAGUGGACUAUAUAAGGAAACUACAGAGGGAGCAGCAGAGAACCAAGGAGCUGGAGUGCAGGCAAAGAAAGCUGGAGCACACCAACAGGCACCUGAUGCUGCGUAUUCAGGAAUUAGAGAUCCAAGCCAGGGCUCAUGGCCUGACAGCAAUGUCCUCCCCUUCCGUCUGCGCGUCAGAGUUAAUGGCAAGGGCCAUCAAACAGGAGCCCACCGUUCUUGGGGACUGUACUUCAGAUCUCUACCACAGUUCGGCCCCCGACAUGUCCCCUCCCACCACCCUUGACCUUAACAAUGGCACCAUUACAUUUGGCCAGCGUCCCUCAGAUUGUGGAGACUCUGGACUAUAUGUCAACGCCAGGAACUGCAAAAUGAAGGAGCUGGUCAGAGACAACACCCUGUCACCGAUCUCGCCGAGCGACCCGCUGCUCUCCUCACUGUCCCCUGAUGGCUCCAUCAGUGGCCACACCAGCUCUAAUCCUUGUUCGGAAGAGAAGAAGCAAGGUUGUUAGCGUUUGCUCGGGCAGCGUCCCAAACCGGCAUGUGACAUCACAUCCAUGAGACAUUUCACUGACUCACAACUGGGUCACAGACCUACAUUGAAGGCUUUUAAAAGUAAUGACAUACUAUUUAAUUUCUGGUGUAUAAAUCUUUCUGUGAUACGACAUUUGGAGACAGCAAGUGAAACAAACCCAUACAUUUACAAUUGAAUUUGUAUUCUAUUAUUACUCUUUUCCAUUAUCAACCGAGGAUGACCAAAGAAUAAAUGUAUUUUUAACUAUUAUUUAACUAUUUUUAUUUUUAUUUAUGAUGUUUUUCUUUCCCUAAACCCUCUGUUGAUUCCAUGAGAUCACCUUCUGUCCUGCUGAUAGAUACAAAUAAAUGUUUUUUUGUCAUUGAGUGUUUCAGACUUGUAAUAUUAACACCACAUGCAUAUGAUUUGAAAGGUGGAUUGGGUACGAUCCCUGCAUCAGAAUUCGUACGGAG